AUGGCUGACAAACUGGACAUGUCGGAAGUUGAAAAAUUUGACAAAUCAAAACUGAAAAAAAUUACUACCGCAGAAAAAAAUAUGCUUCCAUUGAAGGAAAGUAUCCAACAGGAGAAGGAGUUUGACAAAAAGACCACAAAAUGA